AUGUCAUCUGUUGAUACACAAAUAACCGUAUUUCGUAUUAUAUUUGAAGUAAUUAGUACAUUUGGUGGUUAUGGUUUAUCAAUGGGACAUUCAACAAUUACAUCAAGUUUUGCAACUGUACUUACAGUACCAAGUAAAAUAUUAAUUCUUAUAUUAAUAAUGUGUAUGGGUAGACAUCGAAGUUUAUUUGAUUCAAUGAAAGAUCAAGAAGAAAUUGAAUAUAGUGCACAGACAUUAAUUGAUAGUUGGAAACAAUUAGCUGUUUUAGAACAAUUAGAAAAACAAAAAUCAAUUAGCAGGACAUAA